AUGGAGCAACAAUUCUCAUUGUCUUGGAAUAAUUUUCACGGAAACUUGAGCAAGGGUUUCGCAGGACUGUUGGGCAAUGGUGAAUUCGUUGAUGUGACGAUUGCUGUUGACGGUCACUUGCUGCAAGCUCACAAAGUUAUCCUGUCAAUAUGUUCACCUUACUUCAAGAAAAUGUUUCAAUUAAAUCCAUGUCAACAUCCAAUUGUUGUUUUGAGGGAUGUCACACACAAAGCUAUGAGAGAUUUGUUACAAUUCAUGUAUCAUGGUGAAGUUAGCGUUAAGAGAGAAGAUCUCACUAGUUUUAUUGGAACAGCUGAAAUUUUGCAAAUCAAAGGAUUAACCAAUAAAGAGACUGAAGAUGUUUUAGAGACUGAUAAGGAACCUAAAACAAAUUUAGAUACUCAUAAUGAUAAUCCUAACUCCGAAUCAUGUGCCUCAGAUAUGUAUGAUUCAUCUCCAAAUGAUACCCCAGAAACUUAUGAUAUAGAUAUAUUUAAACAAAGAAAUUUACUUGGUAAACUGCAGCAAAUCAGUGAACUAAAAAGAAAAUCAGAAGAGCUUCUAAGAACAAACUAUUAUGGUGAUAUACUUAAUGCAGAAAAGAGACAAAAGUUAAAUGAAAUAUCUACACGAAGUAUAGCUUUUGAAAAGAAUUUGAAAAAAAUUUAUGAUGAAAAUCCUGUUGACAUAACCACUUCAAUAAAUCCAAAUAUACAAAGCCCAAAUAAAAAUGUGAUUGAACAAAAUUAUACUCAAAAUGUUCCAGAUAAUUCUGUUGAGCUUAAGACUGAAUGUGAUGACAGUGAUAUUAUAGUAUCAGAUCCAGCUGUUUGCACAUCCCAUGAUACAUCGGAAACGAAGAAAAACUUGAUGAUGCCAUUAGACUUGCAGACACCACAAGACAAUUGUGCCGGUCUCAGUGCAUUUUUUAUGGAUCUUAGACAUUUAGUGAAUGGGAAAGUACCAAAAUCAAUGGUAAAACCUGUUUAUGAAGAGUAUGCAAGGCCAGGGCUAGACCACCAACUUGUAACAAUACCCCAAAAAGAAGAUGGGAAGAAGAAAUAUCCACAGCGGUCUUGUCGUCUUUGUUGGCGUAUAGGAAAACGUCGAGACACAAGAUUCAUGUGUAGUGCUUGUGAACUACCAUUUUGUAAAUCACCAUGCUUUGAAAUUCAUAUGAAUGAUGUUUAUAAAGUAUCAAAAUUUCCAGGAGAUUAUUAUGCUAAUUGA